AUGUACCUGAAAACGUUUAAUUUUAUUAUAGAAAACAGAGAAUUGAAUUUCCGUUCCGGCUCAACUGCUACGGUUGCAGUUUUGAGAAAUGGUGAAGAAUUAAUUGUAGCCAGCGCUGGGGAUAGCCGAGCUAUUUUAUGCAGCGAAGGGAAGGCGCACUUGCUAACCAACGACCAUACUCCAUCGUCAACUGAUGAAAAAAAUCGAGUGCUUGCCAGUGGUGGCUCAGUGGAAAUUGACGGUGAAAUGACUCCAAGGGUGAAUGGUCGUUUAGCAAUGACGAGAUGUUUUGGAAACUUUGAUCUGAAACCUUUUGGUGUUAUUGCCAUUCCUGAGAUACAAACUCUUGAAGUAGAUCAGGACAAAGACAAUUUUCUAGCCCUGAUAACCGAUGGUGUUUCUGCGGUAAUGAACACCGAUCAAACCGUCAGUAUUCUGAGUAGUUCGUUAGAGCCAGAGGAGUCUGUCGAGACACUUACAACGUGUGCGGUACAGUUUGGCUCUGAGGACGAUAUCACUGCGAUACUUUUGCCAUUCAGGUCGUUUGGGAUGAGAUCUGAUAACGAGCAAGAUUUUAACUUUUUAACGAGUUUUAGAAAUGGUUUAACAAAAUAUGUGUAAAUAAAAAUAUUUAAAAGAAAUUAUUUUAAAACUUCACAGUUGUUUGUUAUCUGUUCUUAUUUGUUCUUUGUGAAGCCUUCAUCAACUCUGUUUUCUUGACCUUUCGAUAGACGCCUCAGAAAUGCAAGUAUAGAGUCUUGUUGUUGUGAUUGAGAUGGUAGGCUUUGACUAAUGUAACAUACACAAAAACGAUGCUCUAAGGGCCUGUUCAUAUGAGCCGGGCUCUAUGGCUGGGCUAGCCCGGUAACCAGACCUUCCGUCAAUAAAAAUAGCAUUUUUCAAAAUUAAACGAAUAUAGGGCUUGCGGGCUAGCUCGCCUCAUGUGAAACAAAUAACAACUUGGCACGGCAAGCAAGCUAGCCCGGUUUAACAGGCCAGCCUGGCUCAUAUGAACAGGCCUAAAGCCAAAUUUCUCGGUCCAAGUGAAAAACUGGGCAAAUCUCAGCUCCAUUUCAGUGAUUUCACCUCUUUUACUCUCCAUUUGUAGGGGCCCUGACCACAAAAAGAGAAAAAUCUUAGUGCUUGAAUUAAACAAGUAGAAAUAAUUUCUACUUGUUUAAUUCAAGUACUAAAAUGUUUGCAGGGGCAUAGGAACCGGGGGGGUGGCACGGGGGGCAUGUGCCCCCCAAAUUUUUUCAAAGGACUAAAAGUGCCCUUUUUGUACAAGCUAAUGUCGCUGUAAAUAAUAAAUUAACAUCAAAGGUGCCCUUUUUGUUUGGAAAUUUCCAAGUUUUUAAAAAAUUUGGUCACGUGCAAUUUCGGCAUGGUACGACGGGAACAUUUCUCCGUCGCCAACAUUUCCGGGAAAAUUUUUUAGGUGCCCUUUUCGAUACCCUAAAGUGCCCCUAGAAGCCGGUGCCCCCCAAUCUUUUGAUGCUUCCUACGCCCCUGAAUGUUUGUCUAGAGGGUGGAUUUCACUACAAAAUCUUCUGUUUGGGUAUCCUAUUUGUGACGUCACAACUCAGAUUACACGUUUAUUGUCACAGAAUUAGUUUGAAAAUAACAAAAUUUGAUGACUUACGUGAAGGAGCCAUGUAAUUUACGUAAAUCUAUUCCCGAAAAAACUUAAAACAUGUUUUUGGUGUGUUUUUUUUUUGCAAAUACUUUACUUCUGCAAAAUAUUGUGCGCAUGGGACGCUCAUUACCCACUCCACGAAACAAUACAGAACUAAUGAUGCGCGCAAAAUAGCACAGAAUCAAGACAAAACGUUUGAAUAAAUUACAAAGAUUUCAAUGCUUUCUAUCGAGCUUUUUAUUUUGAACAAAUUAGCAAUUUUGCAAUCAUGGUCAUUAAAUAUUCAGAUGACAGUUGAUCACCUGACAUAAUUCUCGAAAUCCGAUUGGCUGGUGGGAUAUUUUCGCGAGUUUUGAUUGGUUAAUCGAUCUUCAAAUCAGCAGGUUUUGGCGCACUUUUGACGUUUGACAAGCAUUCUUCGUUUACUCUUUCGUUUCGCUGACGCAUCACUGUAGAAGACACAAAUUUUUAAAAUGGUUAGUAAAAAUAAUCCUUUGCAUCCGUCGAUUUAUACGCCUCUAAACUCGAUUCUUUUACUAAAUAUAUAUUAACUGAUAACCUAUGAACGUUAUUUUGUAUAUUUGUAGUUGUAUUCUUGUCGAAAUCUGUAUAUUUUUGUGAUUUUGUAGGCUGGAGGUAAAGCAGGAAAGGACUCGAAAACAAAGGCCAAAGCCGUAUCGCGAUCGGCCCGUGCUGGCUUACAGGUAUAUAUUUCGAGCUUCUCUUCUGCUUUAUAAUCGAUACAAGUCCAUUUCAUCCUAAGCCGUUUGUGUAUAGCAAAGAUAAUGUAAGAUUUUUUUCGUAUUUUUAUAGUUUCCCGUCGGUCGUAUACACAGACAUUUGAAGAACCGUACGACAAGUCAUGGACGUGUCGGAGCGACUGCCGCUGUAUAUAGUGCUGCUAUUUUAGAGUAUCUUACAGCAGAGGUAAAAUAAACCUUUAAAAACCUUAAAAUUUAUUGAAUUUUGGGCACAAAUGGGCUGUCACUGUCGGUUGUAGUUUUAGCAAGCCGGCUGGGCUUAUUGUUUUGUCAAAUUUGGCGCCCUGCCUAUAGAAAUGCAAUUUUGAAGCGCGGUAGUCUAAAUUUUGUAAUAUAGAAAGGUCCUUUGCUUGAAUUUAGCUAAAAUGGGCUUAUUCAAAGUGGUUGUGCAGAGGCCGGCUUGUCGUUUUGAAAUUUUCCCGCCUCAAUUUCCCUCCUUUUUGUGUCCGCCAUUCAUAAAACAUGGCUGCCGCGUCCUUGAAAUUACAAUCCUUGCAUUCAAAGCAAAAUGCGAUAGAUUCGUUGAAAUAUACAAAACACAAAAGGGGAAUUGAGGGAAUGUCUUGUAGUGAAGGAUUUUCACAUGAAUUGAGGGAUAUGGAAUAAACAUUAGUGAUUUUACUCACUAGUAUGCCAAGAGCAAGUUCAAACAUCUCAAUCAGAUAGAUCUGCAGGGCAACAAUGACAAAAAUAAUAAAACAGCAAAAUUCAGUUGCGAGAAACGACAUGAGAGCAUUUCGCUUGCUAAUAUGCAUGUAGCCCAGACUGUAAAGUUUGGCCUGUGCAGGGAAAGCGUUCCCAGCGCAGAAAUUUUAGCUGAAUUUCUGUCUGUGCAUUUUCAAGAAAAUCCUACAAAAUCUGCAUAUUUCUGAUGAACUAAUGAUAUAUUUUGUCUCAUAUGUGUUGGGCCUUGCGAGAGAAAACUCUGAAAAUGCCUUUUCAGACCAACUAGAGACUCCAAAUUUUCGAAAUUUUCUCAAAGUUCUGCCUUCAUUUCCGUGCAUCUGCCAUUUACAACGGAAAGUUCCCCGCACAAAAAUAAUACUUUACAGUCUGGCAUGUUGCUUGUAUAAUUAUUAUCAUAGCCAAGAUUGAGAGAUCGGCAAAAUGCAUGUGCAAGGUAGAUUUCUGCCUGCCAUACUUAACAGGAUGGCUUUGAAUACUUCUGUGUGAGCUGUCGUGUUUUUUUUUGUGUGCAUCUAAUGACCAAUAUGUUCAUUGGAUGCAUACAAAAAGCUUUACAAUAUUGAUACUGAACAUUUGCAAAUAUAUGUAUUAUCUCGAAUCAAAACUGCACAGCCGAGAUAUCUGUUGCAUGAUAAAGACUUUCCACAGACAAACUGCACAACGUUUCUUUGACAGGUCCUCGAGUUGGCAGGAAAUGCGUCAAAAGAUCUCAAAGUAAAACGUAUCACACCUCGCCAUUUGCAACUAGCUAUCCGUGGUGACGAAGAACUCGAUUCGCUUAUCAAAGCAACAAUUGCCGGGGGUGGUAAGUUACCUAUCUAUUUGAUUGUCAGUAUUGGUACCUUGGUGUAUUUCUGGUUGGUCAACUGACCCUACGUCCCCCACAGAAUAUAUUAUAGGGAAAGGCACUGUUGCAUACUAUGUUUCACAAAAAAACAGGCACACCUAUAUCAAUCAUGCUUGGACGUGUCCUUGAUGAACAAACAACUAGAGUGAGGUAGUUUAUACCAAAAACCGAGUGAACUUUUUUUUUUUAAUACGUUUGAAAAUCGAAACUACAGUAAAAAAAGAUGCAAGACAUUACUCAGUACUCACACAAAAUAUUAAACAUUUUUGAAGACGUUAUCAAAUUUCAAACAUUCGAUUAAUUUGCAACAAACUCGUAUAGGUAUGGUUCGAUUUUAGUAAAAUACCGAUUUUUGUUUGCGUUUUUUUCUCGGUUUUUCUCCAAAAGUAACAUCGAGUAUUUCGGUUUUCAAAAACAUCUUUUUUUCGGUUUACCGAAAAACCGCCUCGCUCUACAAACAACUACAAGCUAUUUGGUAUUUGGAAUGGGUCAUUCCAGAAAACAUCCAUAUCUCCCCCACAGAGGAAAUUGGAAGUUACCUUACCCCCUUCGGCAUAGGCGUACGGGAAGGAAAAAAUUAGGGGGGCCUAGAAAGAAAUUUGCCCGACUUUUUCUGAUUGUGCCAGACAAGUGCCGAAAAACUUUUUUCCUGGAACAAUUUAUUUUCGCCACCUAUCCCCCCCUCCCCCCCCCUCCUCUGUCACCAAAAAAAUUUCGGUCAGUGUACCAUUUUAGGGGUCCAAAAAUUUUUCAACAAAAAACUUGUUUUUUUGACUACUUUUUGCCCGACUUUUGUUGAAUAUUUGCCCGACUUUUCGACUCGCCUCGGGGUAGCUGCUUGCCCUGCCCCCGUCCCGUACGCCUAUGCCCUUUGGGUCAGCUACUUGUCAAGGGGAAGGCACUCGUUGUUCAAUGGAUUAAUUUUGUGACGCAACUAUUUUUCAGGUGUUAUUCCACAUAUCCACAAGAGUUUGAUCGGCAAGAAGGGCACAGCAAAGCCACAAUAG